GUUCAUUUCAUAAUAUCAUAAAAAAAUCAUCCAACACAUAAUAUACAUACACACGCGUGCCACAAGAUUAAACAUAUUUCAAAACUUUUCAGAAUAAUAACUGACACAGCUAGAUGCUCUGCUCCGUAACACAAAAACACACACACAAAAUGACACUCUUCUUCUUCUACUCUCUUCUCUUCCUUCUCCUCCUCCUCCGUAUCUCCACCGCCUCUCUCCCGGCGACGAACUACUUCGACUCCUUCUUACCAUCCGACGCCGUCGCACUUCUCUCCUUCAAAUCCACCGCUGAUCUCGACAACAAGCUUCUAUACUCUCUCACCGAGCCUUACGACUACUGUCAAUGGCGCGGCGUCGAUUGCUCUCAAGAUCGCGUCGUUCGUCUUAUCCUCGACGGUGUUGGUCUCCGGGGAAGUUUCUCACCGGAGACUCUUAGUCGUCUUGAUCAGCUUCGUGUUCUUAGCCUUGAGAAUAACUCAAUCUCGGGUUCGAUUCCUGAUCUAUCUCCUCUCGUCAAUCUCAAAACCCUAACCCUAAGCAAGAAUGGUUUCUCCGGUACUCUUUCUUCUUCAAUUCUCUCUCUUCGUCGGUUAACAGAACUUGAUCUAUCGUUUAACAACUUCUCCGGUGAGAUUCCGUCGGGGAUCAAUGCUCUGAGUCGACUCAGUUCUUUAAAUCUCGAGUUUAAUCGACUUAACGGAACUCUCCCGCCGUUAAAUCUUUCUUCUCUGAUUUCAUUUAACGUUUCCAGUAACAACCUCACCGGUUUAGUUCCGUUAACAAAGACUCUGUUACGAUUCAACGCGUCUUCGUUUUCGUCAAACCCUGGACUCUGCGGUGAGAUCAUUAACCGAUCUUGCGGUUUACAUUCUUCUUCUCCGUUCUUUGGUUCACCUAAACCAAACACCACGUCAUCAACAUCUUCUGCUUCUUCGUCUGAAGCACCGGUUAUUCAAAGUGAACAGAACGGUGAAGCAGCGAUGAUUGUUCCACCGGUGGUUAAAAAGGUUAAAAACGGUUGGUUAGUUCUUGGUUUCACCAUUGGUCUCGCUUCUUUGAUAGUUCUAGGUCUCUGCCUCGUCGUGUUCUCGUUGUUUAUAAAAAACCGGAGAGAAGACUACGAUGACGUGAUAAUUACGCAACCUAAGCGAGAAGAAGAAAACAAAGAAAUCAAGAUCCAAUUUCAAACCACUGCGCCGUCGUCGAAAAAGCGAAUCCCAAGAAACGGAGAUUUGAUAUUCUGCGGCGAAGGAGGAGGAGGAGGAGAAGCAAUGUACACAGUUGACCAGUUGAUGAGAGCUUCAGCAGAGCUUUUAGGAAGAGGAUCAGUAGGUACAACGUAUAAAGCGGUGAUGGUUAAUCAAAUGAUCGUGACGGUGAAGAGAUUUGCUCCGUCGAAAACAGCGAUUACUAGUGAUUUAGAGUUUGAGAAUCAGAUGGAGAUAGUUGGUGGACUUAAGCAUCCGAAUCUUGUUCCGGUUAAAGCUUAUUUCCAGUCAAAUGGAGAGAGACUUGUCAUCUAUGAGUACCAACCUAAUGGAAGUCUCUUCAAUCUUAUUCAUGGUUCGAGAACAUCAAAGGCAAAGCCAUUACAUUGGACAUCAUGUUUGAAGAUAGCAGAAGAUGUAGCUCAAGCAUUACAUUACAUUCACCAAUCAUCAGCCAAAUUCCAUGGAAACCUUAAGUCCACUAACAUCCUCCUUGGUCACGACUUUGAAGCUUGUGUCACAGAUUAUUGUUUAAGUGUCUUAACAGACUCAUCUGUUCCUCCCAAUGACCCGGACAUCUCUUCCUAUAAAGCACCAGAGAUAAGGAAAUCAACAGAUAGUCGUCCCACGUCGAAAUGCGAUGUUUACUCGUUCGGGGUCUUCCUCUUAGAGCUAUUGACCGGUAAAACCGCUUCGAGGCAACCGAUUAUGGAGCCAAACGAUAUGUUGGAUUGGGUAAGAGCAAUGAGGCAAGAAGAAGAAAGGUCAAAGGAAGAGAAUGGGCUAGAGAUGAUGACUCAAACGGCUUGUCUUUGCCGUGUAACAUCGCCAGAGCAAAGGCCCACUAUGAAAGAAGUGAUCAAAAUGAUUCAAGAGAUUAAGGGGAGUGUUGUGAUGACUGAAGAGAACGAAAAAUUCCUCUGA